AUGACAAUGAGAAUCAAGAAAGACCAGGAGAUCGAGCUCAACAGGGCCACAGCAAAACUAUGCCAACUACUCGAUCAAUCUGUUUCCCAUCUCAAAGCAUCAUCAUCAUCAUCCACCAACCAGGACUUGAAUUCACUCACUCCGAGGAUCACUGGUGGUUGGUUACUUGGGGUCCAAUCUAACAAUCUAGACAUAGCCAUCUUAUCCUCAACGGGGCAAGACUUUGCCACCCGAUUCUCGAGCUAUAUGCGAGACCAACAACAACUGAAAAGAGAGGGACAGAGCGAGAAUCAGGAGACCAGAUCACAACCAUCGAGGCCAGGCCCGAUCAGAGCAAACAUCUUAAAACUGCCACCAUUACCUUCCUUGGCUUGGAACUCGACUUUGCCCAACUCAGAAGCAAGGAAUACAGCGAUCAGGAUAGUCGCAUCCCAAGCUCAGUCAUUAGUCUUUUUUUGCUUAUCUGUUCCUCAUUUUUUUUAUCUUUUAAAAAUCGCAUCAGAUUCAUCAUCUUAA